AUGGCUCACAUAAAAGAUCACAAAACAAACGAGACGAGGUGCCCCCCUAAAGAGGCUUUGGAGACGAGUGACAACGUUCACGGAGGCGAGCAGACGCUAAAACCCGCCAAAGGCACUUCCCAAGGCAUGAAGAAGAAUUCUUCUGGGGAAGCCAAGCCAGCUGACUCUGAGAACUCCCAAAUUCAGGAGAAAGAGGCAAAAAAGCUGGCAGAGAUGCGCUUUAAAGGUCAGGAAUCAGAAAAUGCUAGAGCAUCAAUCAAAAUACAACGGGAAAUCAAGAAGAAGAAGAAUGCUUUGAAUAAAGUACAGAAGAAGUUGAAGAGUUUGAAGUCAGACGAGGAUGAGUUUGCUCAGACUAAAGGGGAGGAGGCUCAGCUUCUUAAGGAAAUUAUUUCGAUGGAGGGGGAUUUGCAGUGCGAAACUCAGAAGGUAUCUAGUGCCCCGCUUUCCACACCGAGUGUGAAAGUGUCGCCAUUAGAAAAUGCAAGUAAGCCCACCUCCACAGCUCACCCCACUGACAAGGUGGUAAAAGGUGAAGGUGCUGAGGUCAAGGAGCAGCAGGACGUUGAGGAGGCGCGUAGAAAGCUUCAGGAGCUCGUGAAGCAGGCAAUGCAAUCGAAUAACCACAUACAGAGAAAGCAUUUCAUGCCUCGACGAUCUGUGGUGCACCCCCGUGUAGCCGAGGUUGCGUUAAUGAUAGAAGAAAUGCGGAUUGUUGGAGGAAAUGCGCGUACAAUGGCCACGAUUUAUGCUUUCAGCGAGAUGCUCAAGUGCACCGCCGUCUUAGCAGGAUCUUCGCUUAAGGAUGUUAACACAACCAUCUUUGAAAAACUUGUCGAGGAGAAUUUUGCCUUUCUGCGGCGCAAACGUGAGGCGUCGGUUGGUAUGCACUACGUGAAAAAGGCCCUCUUGCAGCGAAUGGUGGCUGCGCGUGAUAAAGGGAGCCAAUUAGGGGACCCCCGCGAGGUCGCACUGCAGCUCCUUGGUUCCUUGGAGGCCGAGCUGUGCAUGUCGAUCAAGACCAUCGUUGAGGAUAGGUCGCUGCCUUACGUGUCCAAUCAAGACACUAUUCUAGUCUUUGGACGCAGUAGCGUGGUAGAGUUUAUUCUGCUCUCCCGGGUGGAGGAUCCGCAGCGGCGACCAAAACGCGUGAUUGUUGUGGACUCCGGCCCCCUUUUCGAGGGCCGGGCGCUGGCGCAUAAACUUUCGGACGCCGGUAUUCAAGUCACCUAUGGCCUCAUCACGGCAUCCUGCAUGCUGAUCCCGAAGUGCACUAAGGUUUUUAUCGGCGCCUCCUCGGUUCUGCAGAGUGGGGAUGUGUUCAGUCGCUGCGGGACGGCCCUCGUGGCGGCCUGCGCCAAGUCCUUUAGGAAGCCCGUCCUGUGCUUCGUGGAAAGCUACAAGUUUGCGGCCGAGGUGUGGAUCGGGAAUCUGGCGCAGAAUACCAAACUUGUCGAUAUUCGCGAGCAGCCCUCGUUUAACUCGAGUGGCGCCCACAGCCCACUAAUACACAAUCUUUCUCCUUCACGAGUGUUCGCGAAUGAUCCGCAACACCGGAUUCCAGAUGAUUACAAUUCGUUGAAAGAUAUCAAUGCGAUGCACUACGGGUCCUCGAGUGCGUCAGGGUACUUGUAUGACCUCACUCCUGCUACGUAUGUCGAUAUGAUUGUAUGCGAAAUGGGUUGUCUUCAUACCUCUGCUAUUAUCGCUGUCAUCAAAGAUCGUGAGGGACUCGAAGCAGCUCCUCUUAUGUAG